GUUUUGUUUCUUUUUAUAACUCGUCCCCGGCGGGGUCAGUCUGCAGGGCGCUCCGCCGUUCUGACUGCUCGCGCCCCAAUGGCGGCUCCGGAGCUGCGCCUGGACGGCUCCAUCCGCUUCUGGGUCCUGCUGCCCGUGGCCUGGAUCGCUCUGGCCGUGGGGAUUCUGCGGCUGCGCGUGGCGGGGCUGUUGCGGGGCGAGCGCGAGCUGGGCUGGCGCGAGCAGCGGCGGGACACGCAGAUUUUGGCUCGUAGCCGCCUCCUGAGAGAAAAUGGACGAUUCCUCACACAUCAGGGCUUCCUUAUGCGCAAGCACUACUUCAAUAACCCCGAAAGUGGCUUCUUCCGCAAAACCAAGCGCAAGAUACAGCCCCGGAACCCACUGACAGAUCCCACCAUGGUCAUGGAGAUGAUGAAGGGCAACAUUGUCAAUGUGCUGCCCAUGAUCCUUGUCGGAGGCUGGAUCAACUGGGCCUUCUCUGGCUUUGUGGCUACCAAGGUUCCUUUCCCCCUGACCCUCCGGUUCAAGCCCAUGCUGCAACGUGGAAUUAACCUGCCUUCACUGGAUGCCUCUUGGGUGAGUUCAGCCUCCUGGUAUUUCCUCAAUGUUUUUGGAUUGCGUCGAGUGUACAGUAUCGUCUUGGGGGAAGAGACAGCUGCAGAUCAGAAUCAGCUCCUAUUGCAAGAUCAGUUUAUGGGACCAGCUGUGCCUACACCACCAGAUCCCAACAAAGCCUUCAAGGCUGAAUGGGAAGCAUUAGAGCUGGUUUCUCAUCACUGGGCUUUGAAGGAUGUGGAAGAACAGCUGAUGUCGCAGGACCUUGAGCUGGCAGGGAUGUUUGGACCUGACUGAUCCCACCUGUGAUAGUUAUGGGCUAUCCCCAAGCUGGCAGGGCGACAGCGUGUGCACAGAGAUGCACGCAUACCCCUCGGGGUGGCAGAAGGCCAUCUCAUUAUGCAUGGUGUGUGGAAAAGUGUGGAGUGGCUUUGUCUUUUUCAAGACGUUACAGUAGACAGCUGAAGAUUAUAGACUGAUAAUUCUUAAUCAUAGUGGCAGGUAAUAGCACCAUUUGAACUGUGGUUGCAUCUACACUGCAGAAUUAAUGCAGUUUGAUACUGUUUUAACAGCCAUGGUUCAGUGCUAUGGAAUUCUGGGAUUUGUAGUUUUGCAUGGUAUUUAGCCUUUUCUGCCAGAGAGCUCUGGUGCCACAACAAACUACAAAUCUCAGGAUUCAGUAGAAUAGAGGCAUGACAGUUAAAGUAGUGUCAAUGUGCAUUAAUUCUACAGUCUGGCAGUAGCCUGUUUCUCAGUGGCUGAAGUGUUGAAGGUAGUUGGAGCUAGCACAUUAAUGACGAAAGGUUGCAUUUUAUGUUCUACUUGGAGUGGAAAGUCAAUAUAAGAGGCCUCAGACUCUUGCACCAUGUAGCUUGCAGAGCAGUUUUAUCUAUUAAACUGAGGCAGCUGCAACUGUG